GCCUUAUUUAAUCAAGUUUAACUUUUACAAAUACAAUAUGGCCGCGCCCAUAACUAAAUUUAAACAAUUUUAUUUUCAAGGUUUUUUACCUAGUAAAUGUGCAUUUCAUCGGAAAUUUACAAAAUUUAGACACGUUUUCUUGAUCAAAAGAUCUUUUCAAAGUAAAGUACCAGAUAGCAGUCAAGUUCGUGUUAGAUUUGCUCCAAGUCCUACAGGCUAUCUGCACUUAGGAGGUCUAAGAACUGCGUUAUAUAACUUUUUGUUUGCACGUUCCAGAAAUGGGAAAUUCAUACUUAGAAUAGAGGAUACUGAUCAGGUGAUUAACUAAUAACUUUAAAAAAAAUUGUCAUACAUUUAGCCUCCUUUUAUUAUAGAUGGAUCCCGUUUUCUUUAUGAUAAAAAGUAGGCUAGCCUAAAAUCUAAAAAAAACAACAACUGCUUACGACCGUACUGAGUUAGUUUAACUAUCACUAUCAUUAAUAAUUGAUUAUAAAAUUGUAUGAGUACUAUACUAUAUUAUUUACUACCACAGACCAGUCCCUCUUAUACAAACUCACUAACAAAAAUUUCCGUGUCAGGGAGUAAUAAGCAGCAGUUGUGGCCGUUACUAGGGGGUGGCAAACAGGGUCACCACACUUGUGGGGAUUGGGGACCCAUGUGUAGCCCUUAAAAUAAGUAAUAUAUUAUUAUUAAUAUAGCCAGGCUGUGUCUAUUCAUGGCUUGUAAUAGCCAGUCACACAAUGACAAUGUUUGAAUGUUUAUAGGUGCAAGCAAUGUUCCCUCUAAGCUUUGUUGGUUCGUGUGCAAAAUCAUACAGUUGUGUGCCAAGUUUUACAGCAUCAAUUUUUUAUGUGCAAAAUUUUACAGCCCGCAAACCUAAACACACACUUACCUGGAAAUUUGCUGCGCGGAUACUCAAAACUGCUGCGCAGCGUCUUUGAGAUGGCUGCGCGCAGCCGCGCAGCUUAAAGGGAACAUUGGGUGCAAGAUAAUCCAAAAUGAUCAGGUUGUUCUUUUCUCCCACCAUUCCUGCAAAGACCCAAAAGUGAAUAUUGAAGCUGCCUCUCUUGAAAACUAUGAGCUGUAGAUUUUUAAUCUCUGCUUGCCAUCGUCAUAUGUAUGAACAGUUCAAAUAUGAAUGUAGAGAUGAGAUAGAACAGAUGCUUAAAGAAUCCUUCAGUUUCAGGAUAUAAUAUUUCUUGUAGUUAGAACUUUGGGAUCCACUGAAGACACUCUGUCCAAAAACAGCAAUUGUACUUUGCCAUUUUUCACUUUCUGUAUGAUAUUCAGCAACUGCAUACCAUAAUUCUGGAAAAUUUGUGCAAUCAUGGUGUGAAUUGGGACAUGACUUUGAGAAGUGGUGCUUUACAGGAUAAGGAUUGUUCAGACUUAAUAUAGCCAGGCUGUGUCUAUUCAUGGCUUGUAAUAGCCAGUCACACAAUGACAAUGUUUGAAUGUUUAUAGGUGCAAGCAAUGUUCCCUCUAAGCUUUGUUGGUUCGUGUGCAAAAUCAUACAGUUGUGUGCCAAGUUUUACAGCAUCAAUUUUUUAUGUGCAAAAUUUUACAGCCCGCAAACCUAAACACACACUUACCUGGAAAUUUGCUGCGCGGAUACUCAAAACUGCUGCGCAGCGUCUUUGAGAUGGCUGCGCGCAGCCGCGCAGCUUAAAGGGAACAUUGGGUGCAAGAUAAUCCAAAAUGAUCAGGUUGUUCUUUUCUCCCACCAUUCCUGCAAAGACCCAAAAGUGAAUAUUGAAGCUGCCUCUCUUGAAAACUAUGAGCUGUAGAUUUUUAAUCUCUGCUUGCCAUCGUCAUAUGUAUGAACAGUUCAAAUAUGAAUGUAGAGAUGAGAUAGAACAGAUGCUUAAAGAAUCCUUCAGUUUCAGGAUAUAAUAUUUCUUGUAGUUAGAACUUUGGGAUCCACUGAAGACACUCUGUCCAAAAACAGCAAUUGUACUUUGCCAUUUUUCACUUUCUGUAUGAUAUUCAGCAACUGCAUACCAUAAUUCUGGAAAAUUUGUGCAAUCAUGGUGUGAAUUGGGACAUGACUUUGAGAAGUGGUGCUUUACAGGAUAAGGAUUGUUCAGACUUACCUAGAACUGAAGAUCUUGAGAGAAAUGAUUCUAGGAGAAGUACAACCAGUAUUUCACAACUAUCAAUUUUGUCAGGUUUUUUUUUUUGCUUCCGGAUUAACGUCUCAACAUUGUUUUUUUUUUUUUUACAUUAUGCUGUCUCUUUAAAGGGGCAUAGCUCAUUCCAUUUUGCGUUUUUCAGAAUUAUUUUGACAGCCAUCAGUUAAGCCAAAAUUGAGCCAUGAUGAGUAGCUAGUCUCAGUGUAAUUCAACUUUUAAAAUUUUUAAAAAGUAGAAAUAUCUGAAACUAAGUAAGAAAACAAUAAUACAUAUACUAUUAUGACCAGUAUGAUCAUGAUGUGUCUUAAUAUCAGAUCUGUGAAGUAUAUAACAUUUAAGGCCCUGCAAAAUGUAUUUUGUCAAAGGCUCCACACCAUCCUGAAGCAGUAUGAGUGUUGCGUAGUCUUGCUUAGCUUAGCUUUAGCCAGAGUAAACUAUUUAUUAUUUAUUCUUUUACUUAGAUUUUGGCUAAAUUUUCAAAUUUUAAAUAAGAAUAUUGGAAAACCAAUUAUCAGUUUUUGCAAUGCAUUCCCAUCUGUUCCACACAAUUUCCAUAGGCCAAUUUGACAAGAUACUUAUAAUACUGUAGUAAGAUAAAUUUAAAAUCUAUUUUUGUAACUGUCAAAGCUAUUCUUUUUUUGAUACCACAGUUUGGUACAGCACGUCACUCAUGAAGAAAAUGUGCCUUCAUAUUUCAUUCUAAGCCGCAAUCAUCUAUUUUUGGAAACCAUCUUUUUCCCCGAAAAAAAUCCUGGUUCUUUACAUUAGCUGACUCUUCCAGUGUCUGGUAUGAUCAGACAGGGGAACAAUUACUUAUUGUAUAAACUAUACUUAUUGUUUUUUAAAGGUCUUUAAAAGAUAAAUUGAAAUGAUUGGCUUAUCAUUUUUGAAAACUCAACAACUGCAUAGGCUUUAAAACUGAUAAACAGAUUAUCAUUUAACAUCUUAACUUAAAAUUACAUUGAGACUGCAGUGCUAUAGUAGCAAGAAACUUCAUUUCACAAAAAAUAAUUAUACCAAAAUUUUUCAUAUCAUUUACAUUAUCAAAUAUAUCAAUUUUUUUACAAAUUUUUCUAAUAAUUGUAGAGUCGAGCUGUGCCAGGAGCAAUUGAGAAAUUACAAGAAACGCUACAUUGGGCCGGUGUUGACCCUGAUGAAGGUUGGCAUUGCAGUAUUUAGCGUAAAUUACAAUUAAAUUAAAAUUCAUAUAAAUUCUGUUUUGAGAUAAUAAGCUAAGAAGAGGUCAAGUGAUGAGUGUAGCAUUCGGUAAAUGUUACUAUAAAUUUAUAUGUCAAUACCUUAGAUAUAAGAUUAUUUAAAUGUGUAGCUACGACUAUCAUAGUGUGUUGUGUAACUCUUAUUCAUAAAAUUAAAGUAUCAAAUAAUUAUUGAUAUAAAUUUAAUAAAAAUUUAAGUAUCAAAUAACUAUAUAUAGUGAAAAUGUUCUUCUUUUAUCAGGGCCUGAAGUUGGAGGAAGCUAUGGCCCUUACAUUCAGGUAUUGUAAUUUUUAAACCUUUACUGAAAUCCCUUCAAAAUGUUCCAAUAAAUUACACUAAGGGGUGAUAACCCUGUUGUUAAUAAGAAAAAUGCUUUGAAGUUUAUUAGAAUGGCCCAAUGAAGAUAUUUAGUUGUUAACUUCAGAAUUCAUCAGUUUACUUAGGGAUCUGUGUCAGUUAAUAAAGCAAGCCAACUUUAACUAGGAACUACUCUUUCAAAGAUGUAAAAAACCAGGGAUAUUUUCUUUAUAAUUUGAUGCACUGUCAUUGCCAGUCACAACGGCUAGAUGUUUAUAAAGAAAACAUCCAGACCUUACUCAACAAUGGCUGGGCCUACCCAUGUUUUUGUACAGCUCGCCGUUUGGAAAUUAUGCGCAAAGAGGCAGCAAAGAGUGGUGAGCCUUCAAAAUAUGACAACCGCUGUCGUUCCAUCUCCAGGGAAGAAGGACAAGAGUUGAUCGCUAAAGGGACUCCUCAUGUUAUAAGAUUAAAAGUAGGUCUCAUCUUGAAUUUACAAAGCUGAAAUUACUUUUUUUUAAAAUGGGGUGACCUUUCUGUUGGUUAAGAAGCCAUUCAUAAAUGACCUCGCACUCUUUUGGCAGAUCUCCCCCCCCCCCCCACUCCCUUUUAAAAAUAAAAAAAAAAUUCCUCAUUUUCACAAUUUUUUCAUUUAAUGAUGGCCUCUACCCAUUGUUAAUUUUCCUUACAUUCAAAUGCCAUACAAAAAAGAAAUGAUCAUCUGUCUCAUCUGAAACCUACGUCUUUAUAACGACAUUCUUUCCAAACUUGCAAACACAGGAUUUUGUUUCCAUGGAAACCGACUUAAAAAUUAAAUGAUGGAUUUAUCAAAGCUUCUCUUUAAUCUGCUAGCACAUAUUUUAAAUUAAAUUAAACAUUAGCCCCAUGUCACUGAAAGUAAAACUGUUAAGUCAUUUUUGUAAAAACAUUGUUCAAACUUAGUCCAGGCACACAUUGAUCUUCAAGCAUUUCUCCACUGUUGUUUCUAACUAUAAGAAACUUGUUUUCAUCAACACAGCUGGAGCCCACCCCUGACCCAUGGCAUGACAUGGUGAAAGGAGAAACAUCUCAUAACAUCAUCGAUAUAGAAGGAGAUCCGGUAUUUACAAAAUUUAAAAAAAUUUUUUUACAAUGAGCACUUUAAAAAAAUUUUUUUUUCCCUUUGCGAUUUCUGUGAAAAAUUAAAUAUUAUAGGGGCAAUCUAAUAAUUUCUAUUAUGCUUGAGAGACCAAGAAAGCAACAAAAACAAGGGAAGAAACCUUCUGCAUUAUGGAAGUUAGUUUGACUUUAAAAGAUUUGUUUCGAUAAAUAAAAGGUAGAUACUUAUGUAUGUACUGAAAACAUUGAGGUGAUUUUCUUGAUGUAACUCUGCUUUUCUGUAAUUUAUUUUACUAUGUACAUUUUUAAAAAUUGUAAAAUUUAUUAUAGAUUUAGUAAUUUAUUUUACUAUUUACACUUAAAAAAUGUCUUAAAUUUUUUGUUUGAUAUUCUCCCCAAAAUCAUAAAACAAAAAUAAAAGUAUGUUAGUAUUGAUCAAAUAAUUCUAAGUUUGUAUGUGAUAGAUUCUAUCUUUGGAAUCAAAUAUCAUUUUAGAUUCUCAUGAAGUCAGAUGGGUACCCAACGUAUCAUUUUGCAAAUGUUGUGGACGAUCACCUGAUGCAGAUCAGCCAUGUGUUACGAGGUUCAGUAAGUUGUUAAUUAUGUAAUAUUUAAUUUUUGGCUGUGUGUUUUGUUUAUCUGACCACAGCCAUCCCUGCUCACCUGCAACCACCUGUUAAUAAAAAAGAUAAGCCGCCAUCGCACCACAGCAAAUUUUGUUGAUAUCAAUACUUCAGGCAGUUACGUAAACCUUAUUUACAUAUCAUCUCUAGUGGAUUCAGUUAUUAACAUUCUAAAUUGGUAUAAGCUUUUUUAAAAAUUUUUCAUUUCACUUCCUCCAACAUUUUUGUAUCAGAUGAUUUACUCUUCUCAGGAAUGGCUGGCAUCAACACCCAAACACAUUCUACUGUAUAAAGCCUUUGGGUGGAGGCCUCCAACAUUUGGACACCUUCCUCUUAUUGUAAAUCAGUAAGUUUGAGUUAACUUGGCUUUGCUUUCUUUUGUGUAAUAAUGCCAACCUUGUACGAGAUUAUCACUGUCAUAUCAAACCAAAUAUAUAAUUCCUCUACCUUCAUUUAAGAAUGCUUUCUAUUAAUUUAACAAGAACUUUUAUUUUACUUUCUCUCCAUGCUUUAGCGAUGGUACCAAAUUGUCUAAAAGGCAAGGUGAUAUUCAUAUAGAGCACUAUCGAGUACGUAUUAUGAAUUAUUUAAUUAAUUGAUUUUUUGUCUUUCAUGUAUCAAAAUUAAAACUUGAAAAUUUUAGAUGCUUAAAAUUUAAAUUGUUUGUAAAUGUUUUAGUAAUGUUCAAUGUUUUAGUAAUACUAAAUGUUUUUGUAAUCGUCAAUAUUUUAGUAAUGGUCAGUAUUUUAUUGAUGGUCAAUAUUUUAGUGAUGGUCAGUAUUUUAUUGAUGGUCAAUAUUUUAGUGAUGGUCAGUAUUUUAUUGAUGGUCAAUAUUUUAGUGAUGGUCAGUAUUUUAUUGAUGGUCAAUAUUUUAGUGAUGGUCAGUAUUUUAUUGAUGGUCAAUAUUUUAGUGAUGGUCAGUAUUUUAUUGAUGGUCAAUAUUUUAGUGAUGGUCAGUAUUUUAUUGAUGGUCAAUAUUUUAGUGAUGGUCAACGUUUUAGUGAUGGUCAAUAUUUUAGUAAUAUCAAUGUUUUAGUAAUGGUCAAUGUUUUGGUGAUCGUCAAUAUUUUAGUAAUAUCAAUGUUUUAGUAAUGGUCAAUGUUUUGGUGAUCGUCAAUAUUUUAGUAAUGUCAAUGUUUUAGUGAUGGUCAACGUUUUAGUGAUGGUCAAUAUUUUAGUAAUAUCAAUGUUUUAGUAAUGGUCAAUGUUUUGGUGAUCGUCAAUAUUUUAGUAAUGUCAAUGUUUUAGUAAUUUUUUAGUGUAAUUCAUAAAACCUAGGUGUUAAAUUUGUUAAAAUCAACAUCAAUUUUGAGAGUUAACCAAGAAUAAAAAUGGCUGAAAUGAAUGUCAUUUGAGAAAAUGGCUUGUAGUUUACUUGUCUUGUAUCUUACUGACUGUGUGGCCAGUAGAUCAUAUAAUAAUAUGUUCUCCAAUAAUAAAGUAAUUUAUGAAGGCAGGCACUAAACUGUUUAUGGAAAUUGAAGUUUCGCUAUUCUAAAAGCAACAGCUACUGCUUUUUUUAAAAUCAUAUUUAUUACAUUGGUUUAAAUAAAUGGCAGUCUGGAUGUUGAAAAAACUGUUAUUCCUCUUCCUAGGAACUUGGCUGUUUUCCUCAAGCUGUGCUGAACUACAUCACAUCCAUUGGUGGAGGGUUCCAGAAAUAUGAAACAGGCAGAACACUACAAGACAUGUGGGAAUCAGUAAGUCUUCUUCCUAUACAGGGAGUCCAACGAGUAAACAAUUUUUUUUUAAUAGAACUGAGAUUCCAUUAUUUGUAUUUUUUAACUUAAAUUCCUUACCAGCCAUAAAAUGUAUAAGCAACAAAAAAAAUCCCUCUCUUUGAGAAUUACUCUCAGCGAUAUAUUUCUAUCAUUUAAGAGUGUGUUGUUGUUUUUUUGGGGGUUAUUUUUUGUUUGUUUGUUUGUGUGUGCUGGUUUUUGAUUUGUCAUUGCUCAGCAAUGUUAUUACUAGAGUAACAUGUUGUGUCCUGAUAAUGUACAUUCUUGUUUUGUUAGUCUGCAUUGAGCCACUAUACUAGGGGCUUAUACAUGUUAUUUUGAAAUGCAGUCAAUAGUUAAUACCAUUUAAAAAAAAUCAUUUUGGCCUCUUCAAAAACCAAUUUAGUUUGAUGUCCAGUCCAUAAGGAGCCACCCGGGGAGACUCAGCCCCAAAUGGCUACAAGAAGCCAACAGACACAUGAUCAAUGAAAUGGUCAACUCAGGGAAUGGUAAAGUUGUUGCUGAUCUGGUCCAACAAGUGAGGCAACUGGUGGUCAGCAAAUUUAACAACAGGUCUGGAGUUAUGUCUCUUUUGUUCAUUAUUGACCAACAAAAAAAUAAACAGGUUUGAAUGAAAACCAAAGCAGAAUGGGUGCACUUAUAUAGUUCAGCGAAUUCUUAGAGGAUAAAUAUUUUUUGUUAUGCAGUAAUAGUUAAUCUGACAAAAUAUGGAUGUGAAUUUACGAUGCGUUUGAAAAAUUAUUACAAUUUAGGAGUAAUUGACGAGAUGUGGAGCAAAAAUUAUUACAAUUUAGGAGUAAUUGACGAGAUGUCAAACUUACUGUAUUGUGCUCAUCUACCCUUUCAAUUCAGAUGCCUACUUGUGAGAUAUUCUAGUCUCUCACUUCUUCACACAGAUUAGUGUAACUGAUAUCAAUACACCAAACACUGAAUAUCUUGAUAUAAGUUAUAACGCCAUAAGUUUAUUAUGCAUCGUCAAAACCUGACGGAGUAAUGCAUACCAUACUAACAAUUCAAUUUGUAAACCAAUCAACGUUUUCCCUUAACGUUACAUCUAGCAAGAAUCCUCAAAACACAAAACAAGCUAUGCCUUGAAUAUCCUGAAACAGCCAUCCAUCCACUAUAUCAACAACAAAACUAAGGCGUCAUUUCCCCUUACCCAAAUACGGCGCAACAAUCUCACACAAUAGAUACAGCUACACAUGAAACCUCUGAACUAAAGAUCUUUUCCAUACCAAACAUAACAACAGCGAUCUACACAUAGCAACAGUGAUUUUCAUACUUUUGACCGUAAUAUCACUUAUACUAGUUGUGAGUGCAACAUUGUUUCAAUAAACAUGUGAGAAAAAUUAUCUUGCUUCAGAUUAGAGGAGGGUCCACUCCGAGACCAAGUUCUCAGUGACAGUUAUAUUGUCAGGAUUAUUAAGUGGUCCAUGCUCGAUGUGAGUAUAUGUUGUAAAUAAGCCUUAGCAUCAAAUGUUACGUUUGCAUUUCUAUUUCCUGCUUAUUCUUUAGUCCAGAAGCUCUAAAAAUAAUAAUUAAGUACUAAGGGCUCUAGGGGAUGUCGACAAACGAAACAUUUGGGGAUAUCGACAAACGAUAGAAACCUUUCACUCCCCUUUCUUUAAUCCUACUUUAACUUUGUAACUAUGGGUAUUUCAAGUUGAAAAAUCCAGAUAGAGCAAAGAAUAUGAAAUUAUUCUAUCCCAUUUUACAAUUUUUGUUUUUCUUAGUAAACACAACUUAGUCCCGACUUUCAUCAUAACAUUAUCUUAAACUUUCAGGAGCGGACAAGUCUGCUUUCAGACUUUGUCAAACCAGACUUGGAGUACUUGUGGGUCACCCCAACACAAACACAGCUGUCUGAGCUGGCCACCAUGGAGACGAGCGCUGCAGUAAUCUUGUCAGACUUUCAGGCCUGGGUCUCUUCGGUGAAGGACUUCAGCACCGGCCACUUGGGGGAGGAACUGAACCUGUUUGCCAAAAAGCAAAAUUUGAAACCCCAGAAAUAUUUUGCUCUUUUGAGAACCGCAUUGACGGGAUUAAAGGUUUGAUUUAGAAUUAGGUCAUUAAUUCAUUAAAUCAAUAAGUCAUUAAAUCAUUAAUUCAUUAAAUCAUUAAGUUAUUAAAUCGUAAGUCAUUACAUCAUAAAAUCAUUCAAGCAUUUAAUCAUUAAAGCAUUUAGUCAUUAAAGUCAUUAAAUCAUUAAGACAUUAAGUCAUGAAAUCAUUAAAUCAUUAAGUCAUUAUAUCAUAAAAUCAUUAAAAAUCAUUUAUUCAUUAAAUCAUUACAUCAUUAAAUCACUAAGUCAUUAAAUCAUUGUUUAAAUCAUUAAAUCAUUAAUUUAUUAAGUCAUUAAAUAAUUAAGUCAUUAAUAUUGCAUUUGAAGAUCUGGAGAAUCAGGUUGAAGUGGUAUUUUGUUAAAUAAGAGUUUUUCCCCUUUAAAUAAUCAAUGAGGGGGUUUCUGUCCCCUGCUCCUCGCUUCCCCCAAUAAAUUUUAAAAAAUGCUAUUUUCGUGACUUGUGACUAAUUUUCUGAACUGAAGUUGUCAAGAUAAAAUGACGAAUUUAAAGGGUUUGAAAAAAAGCAACUCUUUCUACAUUUAGAUGUUUUGUCAAUGACAUUUCCCUGUGACUGCUUGGAGUUGGAGGUGGCAGCCCUAAAUUUUUUUUUUUUUUUAAUGGAUAAUUAAUGUAUUGCCUUAUAAAUAAUGACACCAAGAGUUGGCAGAAUUUUAAAAAAGUCUUUGUGAAUAAAUAACUCAUAUUUUCAAUCCAUAGCUCUUGGAAUGUUAUAAUUCAGGAAAACAACAUUUUUACUGUUUUUAGCUUAAAGCUAUAUUUAACUCUUGUACACAUUUUCCUAACCCACGCCCCAAUAUUUUCUUUCAACUCUCAUUGUAAUGUCAUUCUCAUACCUCCUUCCCACAUUACAUUAUUGCAGCCAUAUCUAACUUUUAAUUUUAAUUAAUUUUUUCAAAUUAACCAGCAAGGUGCCCCAGUAGCUGAAAUGAUGGCUGUCAUCGGCAAGGAGAAUGUGCUACUUAGGCUAGAGACUGCAUUGAAAGUUGUUCAACAGCUCACACCCAACACUGACCAACUGGCCAGCAGUUAGCAAGACCGACUGGCUUAGACCAACACAGCCCCCGGAAAGAUUGUUUUAUUAAAUUCUGUGUAUUCAAAUGAAGAAAAACAAAACAAAUUUCUUUUUUUAUAGUUUGAGGAAUUUCUCAGGCAAUACAAUGAACCAAAUGCAAUGGAGAGUAUGUUACUGUUAGUAAAAGAAGAGUUUGUUAGUGUUAGUAAAAGAAGAGUGUGUUAGUACAAGAAGAGUAUAUUAGUGUUAGUAAAAGAAGAGUAUGUUAAUGAAAGGAGAGUUUGUUAGUAAAUGAAAGGGAACUAAUAGCAUCAAAAUUUUAUGUUUAUGUGUGGACAAUUAAAACAAAUUUAUUGGAAGUUAUUUAGUUAAUAAAAUUUUACUGGAAUCUAAAAUAUUUAACAUUUUUUCUUGGAAAUAAGGUGUACCAGCAGAGACUUGAUCUGAUGCUCUCCUUAAAAUAAUAAAUAAUUCCUGUAUUAACAAACAUAUCUUGUUUCUGUUUAAUGUUUUAAAGUUCUGAU